AUUGGAUUCGAAGAAUGCCCACUCGCAUAAAAACCCGAUUAAUACAUCGAGCUCCGGGAAUUGAACGUUUUCCGGAUUUAAUUCCCAGAAAAAAAAUUCUCAUAUUGAAAGUUCUUACAAAAUCCCUCUUAAUUCGGCUUCUGGGUUUUGCUUUCUUACAAGGAAUAAGGUUAUUUUAUCGAUAAAAGUGCGGAUUUUUCAGGUUUUGGGGAAGAAGAAGAAGAUGAACUGAAGAACAGUUGGAGUCCGGACAUUGGAUAUGCUCUGUUUCUCCAGAAAGAUUUAGGGUACAAAAAAAAGAGGAGAUUUUUCGAUUUACUCUCUGAAUCAUCACUGAAAAAUGGCCGGAGAAUCUUCUAGAAAGCAACCCAGAAUCCGCCAUGUAUCAAAUUCCACCGGAGAUUUCGACAGUGAGUUCGAGAACUCGGAUUUCGGCCGUUACACGGUUCAUAUCCCCCCGACUCCCGACAACAACCCUCCGCCUCCGGUCGAGAUCGCCCUCCGAGAAGUGGACGUCAAUUCUCAUUACAGUGACGAUCUUCGAUCUGACGAAUUCGAACAGCUGAAGAUUGAUGUCGGACCCAGCGAGGACGAUAACUUGCUGCUCAAGAAAUCCGCCCCCCUCACCCGAAUCGUCAAAAUAUCGCCGGCGAUCCUCAGUAUUUACCGGAUUCUAGUCGCGGUUCGGAUAGUUGCUCUGGUUUUGUUUCUGUACUGGAGAAUCACUAACCCUAACGAAGACGCAAUCUGGCUAUGGGGAAUCUCCGUCGUCUGCGAAAUCUGGUUUGCAUUCUCGUGGUUGCUCGACCAGAUUCCGAAGCUGAAACCCGUCAACCGGUCGACAGAUCUCGAUGUCCUGAAGGCGAAAUUCGAGGCACCAAACUCGAGCAACCCAACAGGGAAAUCAGAUCUUCCUGGCAUAGACGUGUUCGUCUCGACAGCAGAUCCCGAGAAAGAGCCGCCGUUGGUGACAGCAAACACCAUUCUCUCAAUCCUAGCCGUCGAUUACCCGGUCGAGAAACUCUCCUGCUACGUAUCAGACGACGGAGGAUCUCUCCUCACGUUCGAAGCCAUGGCCGAAGCCGCGAGUUUCGCAAAAAUAUGGGUACCCUUUUGCAGGAAACACGGGAUCGAGCCGAGAAACCCUGAAACGUACUUCGGUCUGAAGAGGGAUCCGUACAAGAACAAAGUCCGACAAGACUUUGUCCGAGAGCGUAGGAUCGUGAAACGCGAAUAUGAAGAGUUCAAGGUCAGAGUUAACGGUCUUUCCGAUUCGAUAAGACGGAGAUCGGAUGCGUAUAACAGCAGGGAAGAUCUGAAAGCUCUGAGAAAAUGGAAGGAAAGAGUUUCCGACGAAGGAGAAGAAGAAGAAGAAUCAAUGCCGAGUUUAAAGAUGCAGAAAGCUACUUGGAUGAGUGAUGGAACACAUUGGCCUGGUACUUGGACUUUCCCUUCUCCUCAGCAUUCACGAGGCGAUCAUGCAAGCAUCAUCCAGGUAUUGCUGGAUCCUCCAGUAGAUGAACCGGUGAACGGAACCAGAGGUAGCGGAGGGGAAGGAGAAGAUCGGACUGGAAACGGGCCGUUGGACGUUGGUGAAACCGACACCCGUUGCCCGAUGCUCGUUUACGUGAGCCGCGAGAAACGGCCUGGCUAUGACCACAACAAGAAAGCCGGAGCCAUGAACGCACUGGUUCGAGCCUCGGCUAUAAUGUCGAACGGACCCUUCAUCCUAAACCUAGACUGUGACCAUUACGUCUAUAACUCGAAAGCCUUCAGAGAAGGGAUCUGUUUCAUGAUGGAACGGAACGGCAACCUCAUUUCCUACGUCCAGUUCCCUCAACGGUUCGAAGGGAUCGACCCGUCUGACCGAUACGCUAAUAACAAUACCGUCUUUUUCGAUAUCAACAUGCGUACCCUCGACGGGAUCCAAGGCCCGAUGUACGUUGGAACCGGCUGUCUUUUCCGUCGGACCGCACUGUAUGGAUUCGAACCAGAUCUUGUCGUGAAGGAACGGUCCGGUUGCUGUUUCCCCCGGCUCAAGAAACGUAGCCCUGCAACCGUGGCGUCUGAACCAGGGUACGAAUCCGAGAGAGAUGAAGAAGAAGCGAUGAACGCCAGGCUGAUCUCGAAACAGUUCGGAAGCUCGAGCAUGUUUGUGGGAUCGAUACCGGUCGCGGCUUACCAAGGACGGCCAUUGGCGGAUCACCCUUCGAUGGAGAGAUUCGGACGAGCACCUGGUGCGUUGACCGCCGGACGGGAGCCCCUCGAUCUGGCCACGGUCAGUGAGGCAGUGAACGUGAUCUCGUGCUGGUACGAGGACAAGACGGAUUGGGGAACAAACGUUGGAUGGAUCUACGGUUCUGUCACAGAAGAUGUCGUGACGGGUUUCAGGAUGCAUGAUAAAGGUUGGAGAUCGAUCUACUGUGUUACAAAGCCCGAUGCUUUCCGAGGAACCGCGCCUAUAAAUCUCACUGAUCGUCUCCAUCAGGUUCUUAGAUGGGCCACUGGGUCAGUCGAGAUCUUCUUCUCCAGAAACAACGCCAUUUUUGCAGGCUCCAAGCUCAAGUUUCUUCAGAGAAUCGCUUAUCUCAAUGUCGGGAUUUACCCUUUUACCAGCGUCUUCCUCCUCGUCUACUGCUUUCUCCCUGUCCUGUCUCUGUUCUCCGGCGAGUUCAUCGUCCAGAGCUUGAACGUGACCUUCCUCGUAUACCUUCUGAUCAUAUCGCUCUCGCUGUUUUCGCUUGCUGUCCUCGAGAUCAAAUGGUCGGGAAUCGCUCUGGAAGAAUGGUGGAGGAACGAACAGUUCUGGUUGAUCGGAGGGACGAGCGCUCAUCUCGUCGCCGUCGUACAAGGGAUCCUGAAAAUCGUCGCCGGAAUCGAAAUCUCCUUCACGCUGACGUCGAAAUCCGCCGGAGAUGACGACGACGAGGAGUUCGCAGAUCUGUACGUGAUCAAGUGGACGUCGCUGAUGAUUCCGCCGUUGACGGUCAUCAUCCUGAACGUGAUGGCGAUCCUUUUUGGGUUUUGUCGGACGAUCUACAGCGAGAAUCCGGAAUGGAGCAAACUGAUCGGAGGAGUGUUCUUCGCCAUGUGGGUAUUGCUGCAUCUAUAUCCGUUUCUGAAGGGAUUGAUGGGAAAACGAGGGAAAACUCCGACAAUCAUCUAUGUCUGGUCGGGACUCAUCGCCAUUAGCUUCUCUCUUCUCUACAUCUCCAUUCACCCGCCGUCCGGAAAUUCCGACAUCGGAGGAUUGUUUCAGUUUCCUUAGAAUCAUCGAUGAAAGAUUCAAAUUUUCCCUUUUUUUUCUGGGUUUUUCUUAAAAUAGAUGGAUGUAAAUAUAUAUAUACACACAUUCAAACGGAAAGAAACAUAUAUUGACAGAAAUUUAAUUUCCAGAAUUCGUAUAAAGAUG